AUGUGGGCGCCCGUUGUCUUGCCAUGCAUCGGGGGAGUCCCCACCGCGCACACCCGGAAUGGGUCCUACGCGGGUGUGCACAAUACGCAACACGAUCAGGAUUUCUUUUUGGGUGUCCCAUACGCGCAGCCUCCGGUUCAUGAUCUGCGAUUUCGGGUACCCGAGCCGCUUAAUGAAUCGUGGAACGGCAUUCGGUCUGCUACGACUUACUCUCCCGGGUGUAUCGGGUAUGGUGAUGAUGGACUGGCACUCGAUCGUACGCUCAUGUCGGAGGACUGCCUCUAUUUGAACAUCGUGCGGCCGUCUGGCCUUCAACCGCACACAAGGGUCCCCGUUGCCGUGUGGAUCCACGGCGGCGCUUACGCCGAGGGCGCGUCGCGCGACCCACGCUACAACCUUUCCUUUAUAGUCGGCCAAUCAGAGGCCAUGGGCCGGCCGAUGGUGGGGGUGAGCUUGAACUACCGCCUGCAUGGCUGGGGUUUCUUGUGGGGGCGGGAGAUGGAGGAAGCGGGGGCGAGCAAUUUGGGCCUUCGCGAUCAACGGUUGGCCCUGACCUGGUUACAGGAAAAUAUCGCCGCGUUCGGAGGCGACCCAUCUCAGGUCACCAUCUGGGGCGAGAGUGCGGGAGCCAACAGUGUCGGAACACACCUGGUCGCGUAUGGGGGCCGCGACGAUGGUCUUUUCCGCGCAGCCAUCGGCGAGAGUGGCGCGCCCACUCUCUACCAUCCCUACCAGACGGUCGAGGACUGGCAGCCCUACUUCGAUGCCAUCGCCCGUGCGGCGCAAUGCCAUGGCAACGCGGGAGUACUAGACUGCCUGCGUGACGUCCCCACGGCCCGAUUAAACACCCUAUUCAAUGGAUCCCUGACCCAAGGCGCCGCUUUCGGCCCCGUUAUUGACGGCGACUUUCUCGUCCAGAGCGCGACUACGCUGCUACGCAAGGGCGCCUUUGUCAAGGUCCCUUUCCUCCACGGGGCCAACACCGACGAGGGGUGGACCGUGGCACCGAAGGACGUCAACACGACCGAUCGAUUCAGGAGCAUGGUGGAAAGCUGGGGCCUGGACGCCAUGACCGUGCAACGACUGUACGAGUUGUACUUGGAUCCGGUCGGCGAGCCCGUCGUACGUCGUACGGAGACAAUCUUCACUGACCGCAAUAUCCAUGCACCACGACGGCUGGCUAACCAGAUCUGGUCGGUCAACAAAAUUCCCAGCUACGGAUAUCACUUCGAUCUAGGCAGCGCAAAGUGGCCAUCAUAUCACUUUUGUGAGAUCCCCUUCGUUAUGUACAACACCAUAGGCCUUGGCUACGAGAAUAUACCCGGUUUACCGUACACACAGGAUCCCAUGGCCGAGGACAGGCAGAGACUCUCGCGCCUGGCGGAUUUGGUUUCCAGGAUGUGGAUAAGCUUCGUUACCACCUUGGAUCCGAACCAUUUCGGGGAUGAGCCCGAUGUGGAUUGGUCUGCUUAUCGCGCCGAAGAACCAGCUGUAAUCAUGUUCGACGGCAAUGCUUCUGUGCCGGCAUACAUGGUUCCGGAUACAUACCGUGCGGAGGGCAUUGAACUGUUUGCCAGUCUGCUCGAUGGUCCUCUUGGACAGUAG